UCACAGUCAUCUUAAAAUAACGUUAGAAUACGUUUUGUUGAAAAAAAGGGCGGGGGUUUGACCGUUUCAGAUUUUGCUGCUGAUGUAUUUAUUUUCAAAAAGUUUUCUUUAUGUUGUCCUAGCGCCGGUACAGCUGACCAGAUCUCCCUUGAAAAAGAGAUUGUAAUCUCAAUUGGACUUUUCUCGUUAAAUAAAUGAAUGCUCAGAAUUUGCAGUCAUCUCUGCUUUUAAGUUUUUAGAACAUGAGCAAUACGUCUUCUACACACCAGAGAGCGCUGCUAACAAACUCCCCCUUGAGCUUUCAGAUGCGGUACGGUCCUUGAUUAUGCGUGUUUAACUUUGUGAUUGUUUCACAUAAGCCGGAAAACAGAUUAAGGUGGCCAUCAAAUUAGUUUAUAUAUUUGGCUACAGUGCCCCUCUAAGCGCUCAAUAGAAACAUUGCCUGGGGAUAGAAAGGAUGCAGUUGGGAGAGUCGGUCUUGCCCAGCACAGCUCACGGUAUACCCAAGACUUUUUAUAAUCGAUCUCCGUCUGAAAGGAUCAAUAAUAGCCCGGGAUCCACGCAGCUAGAUUUCCUGGACGUAGAUAGGACUGACUCUGACCAAGGGAACGGGUCAAAAAAGUUUAUGAUCGGCGGCAGCAUGCUGAGCGACGGGGACAGCGAAAUUUUCUCUGGGACCAAAGCAGCUCCAGACGGGCGCAAACGUUCCCCCGUAGUGGGAGAGGAAGACCUAUCCAGCGGCGGUCGUUACAAUUUAGAUGGACUGAUUUCAGAAAGAUAUUUCCUGUCGUCCACCUCUCAGCAAAGCACAGACGUUGGUAAUCCAUGCUCCCUCUUUCCCUACACGGGACAGCCCGGGGCAUUAUACUCUGGUCCUAACGGUACCCGGUACCCCUCCUCUCUCCACUAUGGAUCUAUGCUGCCCCCGACCGGGUUUACCUCUGUCUGUGCCGGGAGGAAUCAGUUUAGUUCGGGGUAUCAAUUUACACAAGGCACGGGGUCUCUAUAUCCAUCAUACCCAGGAUCAGUCUCAGCUAUGGGCUCCAUUUCGAUCCCUGGGACAGAGACCGGGUUGCGGGCUCAAGUCUACCUCUGUAACCGGCCCCUGUGGCUGAAGUUUCACCGGCAUCAGACCGAAAUGAUUAUCACCAAACAGGGCAGACGUAUGUUCCCUUUCUUAAGUUUCAACAUGACCGGUCUGAACCUCACAGCUCACUACAACGUGUUUGUUGAAGUUGUCCUGGCUGAUCCAAAUCAUUGGCGGUUUCAAGGAGGGAAAUGGGUAACCUGCGGGAAAGCUGACAACAAUAUGCAAGGUAACAAAAUGUACGUGCACCCCGAGUCCCCCAACACUGGAGCACACUGGAUGAGGCAGGAGAUCUCGUUUGGUAAACUGAAGCUAACAAAUAACAAAGGCGCCAACAACAGUACCCAGAUGAUAGUCCUACAGUCUCUACACAAAUAUCAGCCACGCCUUCAUAUUGUUGAGGUUACUGAAGAUGGUGUGGAAGAUAUGAGCAGCGAGUCCAAGACGCAGAUGUUUACCUUUCCAGAAAACCAAUUCAUAGCAGUGACUGCUUACCAGAAUACAGAUAUCACGCAGCUGAAAAUUGAUCACAACCCCUUUGCAAAAGGUUUCAGGGACAAUUAUGAUUCAAUGUACACUGCUCCAGAAAGUGACAGACUUACCCCCUCCCCAACUGAUUCCCCUCGAUCCCACCAGAUUGUACCUGGUGCUCGCUAUGCAGUCCAACCUUUCUUCCAGGACCAACUGGUGAACAACCUGCCACCGAGCAGGUUCUACAAUGGUGAGCGAACAGUGCCCCAGACAAAUGGCAUCCAGUCCCCACAUACAGAAGAUCUUGGCACCCCUUCAACACAGAGGUGGUUUGUUACUCCGGUUCAACAGACUGGCUCAAAUAAACUGGAUCUUCCCUCUUACGAGAGUGACUACUCCCCCAGCACUCUGCUGCCCUACAGUAUCAAAUCCUUGCCCCUCCAGAGUUCCCAUUCCCUUGGCUAUUACCCAGACUCUGCCUUUGCUUCAAUGGCAGCAGGAUGGGGCACAAGAGGCACUUACCAGCGGAAAAUUACCACUGGGCUGCCCUGGUCCCCAAGACCGAGCUCUUCUGGCUUUCCGGAAGACCACCUGUCCAGCAAAGACAAGCCCAGGGAAGAGACCAACGCCACUUCCUGGAUAGACACCUCUCCUUCCAUUAAGUCUUUGGACUCUUCAGAUUUUGGAGUUUACUCCACUGUCUGUAAAAGGAGACGCAUCUCCCCUAGCUGUUCAAGCACUGACAACUCCCCUACCAUCAAAUGUGAGGACACUAGUUCCGAUGAAUAUGGCAAAGAGAACUCAAAAUCCAUGGGUUACUAUGCUUUCUACACGAGCCCUUGAAUGUUUAGUUUCCUUUUUGGGUUUUUUUAAAUAAUUUCUUUCAGAAUGCUUGAAUAGUCUUAAGUGUUUCCAUUAGUGUGCCAAAAUGUGUGUGUGUGAUUUAUAUUUAUAUAAAAAUAAAAUACACACACAUACACACACACAUUUUGCCUUCCACCUUUUUAUGUAUGCUAUUGUGUGUGAUUUCUUGCUGAAGGUGCCAAAGCUAUUUGAUUGCUUCAAGCAAGUUGUACUUGCAUAUGUGGUGUGUGUUUUAUUUUGGUUUUUUGUAACAAAACAGCAGUAUUUUUUAGUAAUUUCUUUAAUACAUGCAUGCCAACUUGG